CUCACAAGGACGAAGCCAGCUCCCACGCCUCAGUAAUAUACCUCCCCCGUACAUCCGUCCUGCCUGUCCGCCGCUACCAAUUGUGCCAAUCACAACCGCCAUGCCACCAGAACCCACGACCGACAACCCCUCCACCACAUCCACAUCAACAUCCCCCUCCGAACAACUCCUCCAAGAACAACAACAAGAACAACAACAACAACCCCAGCCCCAAACCCACACCCACCACACCCUCCCACCCCCCUUCACCCACACGCCCACCCCGCUCAUCCCGCUAACCCAAGGCGCCGAAGCCCUCGUCUACCGCACCACCUUCCUCACCCCCUCCACGCCUGCCAUCCUCAAGUACCGCCCCCCGAAACCCUACCGCCACCCGACGCUCGACCGGCGCCUGACGAAAGCGCGGCUCCUCGCCGAAGCGCGCGUGCUGGUGCGGUGUCGACGCGAGGGCGUCGCUGUUCCCGCGGUGCUGGGCGGGGAUUGGGAGGCGGGGUGGUUGUGUUUGGAGUUUGUGGCGGGGGAGACGGUGAGGAGGGUUUUGGAUUGGUGGGUGGAGAGGGAGGGGUGGAGGGUAAAAGGGAAGGAGGGAGAAGGAGAAGGGGAGGAGGGAGAGGGAGAAGGGGAGGAGAGAGAUGAAGCGAUGCUGGACCUGAUGCGCAAGAUUGGUCGCGCGGUGGGGAAGUUGCAUACGACGGGUGUCGUGCAUGGCGAUCUGACGACGAGUAAUAUCAUGUUGCGCCCUUCUUCUCCCUCCCCGCCCACCUCUACCUCUCCCAAUGCAUCCCCCAACGUCGACGAAGAAGAGGAAGACGUAUCCGCCUACCUGGCCGGCACCAUCGUCCUCAUCGACUUCGGCCUCGCCGCGCAGUCGCUGCGCCAGACACAGGAGGAGGAUCGCGCCGUGGAUCUGUACGUCCUGGAGCGCGCGUUCGCGGCCACGCAUCCGACGGCCGAGAGGCUGUUUGGCGAGGUGUUGAGGGCGUAUGGGGAGAGUUACCCCGGGGCCAAGGCUUCGUUGAGGAGGUUGGAGGGGGUGAGGUUGAGGGGGAGGAAGAGGAGUAUGCUGGGGUGAGGGG